GAUUUCUGUUCAAUGUCAUCUCAAUCACAAUCAACUGACAAUAUUCAUUCAUCAAUCAAUCAAAAAUUAGAAAAUCAUGAACAAUUAAUUCAUUGUAGAUUAGGUAGUGUUGUACCAGAAUGUGAUUCAGUAAAAACAGCUUAUGAUUUAUGCUUUCAAGAAUUUUUUCCAAAUUUUUUAAAAGGACAAUUUUAUGACAAAGAUCCAUGUGAUAAUAAAUUGAAAAUUUAUCAAAAUUGUUUACGUGAUGCAUUGAAAGCAUCAUUCGAUAUGGAUUUAAAUGAAUUAGAUUCAAUACGAACUGAUGUAGACACAAUUAGAAAGAUAACUAGUACAGCAAAAUGAUUUAUUUUUUUAAUAUCUAGUGUCAUUCAUUAUUAUUACCUUAUUGAACUAUAUUGAACAUUGAAUUUAUAAGAAGUUUUAGUUAUGAAUUGAUGAAGUGCGUAGUGUAUUUUUUUGGGAUGAGUGUAAAUUACAACAUAUCACAAUUGAAUGAUAUAAUUUUGUCAUAUAUUGUAAUUGUGACAAUAUAUAUAUAAUUAUAUAUGUAUGUAUUUCAACUUGUGACAUGUUUAAAUUGAUGUAAAUAUGUUGUGAGUUUUAUUAAUGAAAAAUGUUUUUACUAUGA